CCAUGCCCAGCAGGACCGGCGCCAAGAUGGACGGGAGCGGCGGCCGCGUCCGCCUGAAGGCGCACUACGGCGGGGACCUCCUGGUCACCAGCCUGGACCCCGCGACCACCUUCGAGGAGCUGUGUGGGGAGGUACGAGACAUGUGCGGGCUGCACACCGGGCACCCGCUCACCCUCAAGUGGGUGGACAACGAAGGUGACCCCUGCACCGUGUCCUCCCAGAUGGAGCUGGAGGAGGCCUUCCGCCUGGCCUGCCAGCGCCGGCACGAGGGGCUCGUGGUCCAUGUGUUCCCGAGCAUCCCUGCGCAGCCCGGCCUGCCCUGCCCCGGAGAGGACAAGUCCAUCUACCGCCGUGGAGCCAGAAGAUGGAGGAAGCUGUACCGCGCCAACGGCCAUCUCUUCCAAGCCAAGCGUUUUAACAGGAGAGCGUCCUGCGGCCAGUGCAGCGAAAGGAUAUGGGGGCUCGCGCGGCAGGGCUACCGCUGCGUCCACUGCAGGCUGCUGGUGCAUAGACGCUGCCUCGUGCUCGUCCCGCCGAGCUGCAGAAGGCAUAUGGAUUCUGUCAUGCCUUCCCAAGAGCCUCCCGCGGACGGCAAGGAUGACGGCGUGGGCCUCGCCCCUGAGGAGACCGACGGAAUUGCCUACAUUUCUUCAACCCGGAAACACGACGGCAUCAAAGAUGACUCUGAGGACCUCAAGCCAGUCAUUGACGGAAUGGACGGGGUCAAGAUCUCCCCGGGGCUGGGGCUGCAGGACUUCGACCUGAUCAGGGUCAUCGGGCGCGGCAGCUACGCCAAGGUGCUCCUGGUGCGGCUGAAGAAGAACGACCAGGUCUACGCCAUGAAGGUGGUGAAGAAGGAGCUGGUGCACGACGACGAGGACGUGGACUGGGUGCAGACGGAGAAGCACGUGUUCGAGCAGGCGUCCAGCAGCCCCUUCCUGGUCGGCCUGCACUCCUGCUUCCAGACGACCAGCCGGCUGUUCCUGGUCAUAGAGUACGUGAACGGCGGCGACCUCAUGUUCCACAUGCAGAGGCAGCGGAAGCUCCCCGAGGAGCACGCCAGGUUCUACGCGGCCGAGAUAUGCGUCGCUCUCAACUUCUUGCACGAGCGAGGGAUCAUCUACCGGGACCUGAAGCUGGACAACGUGCUCCUGGACGCGGAUGGCCACAUCAAGCUGACGGACUACGGCAUGUGCAAGGAAGGCCUGGGUCCCGGUGACACCACCAGCACCUUUUGUGGCACCCCGAACUACAUCGCCCCAGAAAUCCUGCGAGGGGAGGAAUACGGGUUCAGCGUGGACUGGUGGGCACUGGGCGUGCUGAUGUUCGAGAUGAUGGCGGGGCGCUCCCCUUUCGACAUCAUCGCCGACAACCCUGACAUGAACACAGAGGACUACCUUUUCCAAGUCAUCCUGGAGAAGCCCAUCCGCAUCCCGCGCUUCCUGUCCGUCAAAGCCUCCCACGUCCUGAAAGGGUUCCUCAACAAGGACCCCAAAGAGAGGCUGGGCUGCCGGCCACAGACCGGGUUCUCGGACAUCAGGUCGCACGCCUUCUUCCGCAGCGUCGACUGGGACCUGCUGGAGAAGAAGCAGGCCCUGCCGCCCUUCCAGCCGCAGAUCACCGACGACUACGGGCUGGACAACUUCGACGCGCAGUUCACCAGCGAGCCCGUGCAGCUGACCCCGGACGACGAGGACGUCAUCAAGAGGAUCGACCAGUCCGAGUUCGAAGGCUUCGAGUACAUCAACCCGCUGCUGCUGUCCACCGAGGAGUCCGUGUGAGCGCCUCCCGCGGCCUGGUCUGCGAGCGCCCGAACUCUGCCCCCACCGCGCAUGCAUGCGGGCGGCGGCGCCGGCGCAGG